GCUUUUCCUAAGAGAGCACACUCCAACUUCUAUCUAACCAAGAAAAAAAAGUUGGAACAAAACCCCUGGUUUUCUGCGCUUUCUCACUGCCACCGUCACACGACUCCUCUGGAAACCGCUGCACUCACCCUUCAUUCUCCACCUUAUAAACGCCUCUCCCCGCAUCCCUCUCCACUUCCGUACAGAUCUCUCUUCCUUCUCCCUCAAAACCUUGACCAUGAGGAUGAGCUGCAAUGGCUGCAGGGUCUUACGGAAAGGUUGUAGCGAUGACUGUAACAUCAGACCAUGCCUCCAAUGGAUCAAAUCUCCUGACUCUCAAGCCAAUGCCACUCUCUUCUUGGCCAAGUUCUACGGCCGUGCAGGCCUCAUCAACCUCAUCGAAGCCGGCCCCCCACACCUCCGCCCUGCUGUUUUUAGGUCUCUGUUAUAUGAGGCUUGUGGGCGGAUAGUGAAUCCAGUGUAUGGGUCGGUGGGGUUACUUUGGUCUGGGAAUUGGGCUCACUGCCAAGCAGCCGUUGAUGCAGUCCUCAGAGGCACACCGAUCAUGCAAAUGCCUUCUGCUCCUGACUCACCACCACCACACUUGAUUGAUCCUCUCAAAACCUAUGACAUCCGCCACGUGUCCAAGGACCCUAACUCGCUUGAACUCAACAAGGUUAAGAAUCGGACCCGGUUCAAAGGCUCUGUCAGCAACCCCAGUUCCCCAUCUGAGGCAUUGUGCCGGGUUAACCAUGGAGAGUUGAGCUUCGAACAGCUUCGUGAGCCUUGGCUGAGUCAGCUGGCAAAUGGGGAUAGCAGCAGAGAUGAUGAGAGCAUGUUCUCCGUUGAAACAGUGGAGGAUGAACCCAACAGGGCAUUGAAAUUCAAUAAUCUAAGUGAUAAUGGGGAUGAGGUUGGUUUGGACCUCACCCUUGGUUUGGUUCCAGUGAAGUAGAGUUGGGGCCAUCUAAUUAAUGCAGGUGUGCGUACCUCAUUACAUGGUCUUCUUCCCCGUAGGCAAAGCUCAAAUAAUUUUGGUAAUUUUAUUUCUUUUUACCCCCUUAGGUAAAAACAUUGGAAAAUGAAGAGUAACUUAUCUUUUUCUAGUGCUAA